AUAUCUCUCACUCCGCCCACUGGACCACUUCCCUCUUUCCUCCUUUCCUUCUUCCCCUCUUCCUCCUUUCCUUCCACAUACAUACUCAACACCAUGGCCACUCCAGCAAGAACCGCUACCGUCGCGCGCAAGACCAACGAGACCGACAUUCAGAUCUCUUUGUCCAUGGACUGCGCUGGUGCCCAGGCCAUCGACAUCGACUCGGGAAUCGGUUUCCUCGACCACAUGUACCACGCUCUGGCGAAGCACUCUGGCUGGUCCCUAUCUCUGAAGUGCAAGGGUGAUCUGCACAUUGAUGACCACCACACUGCUGAGGAUACCGCCAUAGCCCUCGGCAUGGCCUUUAAGCAGGCCCUCGGAGAGCCUCGUGGAAUCAGACGAUUUGGAUCAGCGUACUGUCCCCUGGAUGAGGCUCUGUCAAGGGCGGUUGUUGAUAUCUCUGGUCGUCCCUUUGCUGACAUCAACUUGGAUCUCAAGAGGGAAAAGAUUGGUACCCUCUCCUGCGAGAUGAUCCCCCAUGUCCUUCAGUCAUUUGCACAGGCAGGAGGUAUCACUCUCCACGUCGAUGUGCUCAAGGGCGUCAAUGACCACCACAAGGCAGAGAGUUCGUUCAAGGCAUUAGCCGUUGCACUCAAGACGGCUGUGGAGAGGACUGGGACAAACGAUGUCCCCAGUACGAAGGGGGUGCUGUAAGGACCAUGGAUGCGGCGUUGGUCGUUUACGGACUGAAUAGCGUAUAUCAUUGUCAUGUCGUUAGAGGCAUGUUGAUGGCUCGAUACAAUGUAAUAAAAAAUAAUGCUUGAGGCAAGAGCGUACCUUCGUUCUUCACGUUGCUCGUA